AUGUCUUUCAGAACUGAACUAAAAGAAAGCGCCUUUCGUCGGGAAACAACCGGCCCCUACGCCGACAACCUCAUCGUCGAUGCACUAGUCGUCGGUGCCGGAUUUGGAGGUAUAUUCUGUCUUCAUGAGAUGCGAAAAUUGGGACUCAAUACCGUCAUAUUUGAAGCGGGAAACGAGUUGGGAGGUACCUGGAGAUGGAACUGCUACCCUGGUGCCGGGGUGGACUCGGAAGUACCGGAAUACAUGUAUUCAAUCCCAGAGACUUGGAAAGAUUGGACUUGGUCGACCAACUAUCCUUCCUAUGACGAGUUGCGAAGGUAUUUCGAUCAUGUGGAUAGUGUUCUCCAUGUCAAGAAAGACUGUGCAUUCAACAGUGUCGUUGUUGACGCGCAAUUCGAUGUGAAGGAAGGCCGCUGGCACGUCAAGACAGCAGAUGGUAGAUCCGCCAGCGCCAGGUACUUCAUUGUUGCGACUGGCUUCGCCGCCAAGCGAUACAUUCCAGAAUGGUCGGGGAUGGAUCAAUUCAAAGGAAUUGUCCACCAUUCCUCCUUUUGGCCCGACGAACAUAUUGAUGUGCGUGGCAAACGCUGUGCAGUUAUUGGCACUGGGGCAUCCGGCGUGCAAGUAACACAAGCCUGGGGGCCCGCAGCCGGCUCAUUGAAAGUGUUCCAACGAACUCCGAAUCUGGCGCUUCCGAUGAAGAGAAGGGCUCUUACGGUGAGCGAACAAGAGGAGGCCAAGAAGUCUUAUCCUGAGCUGUUUUCUCUCCGUGAGAAGUGCUUUGGUGGAUUUUUGUACACAUUUGACGAAAGAGACACGUUCGACGAUAAUGAAGAGGAAAGACAAGCUUUUUAUGAGAAGUUAUGGGACGAGGGUGGAUUCCGCUUCUGGCUCGCCAACUAUAAGGACUAUCUUUUCGAUCCUAAAGCGAACCGCCCUGCUUACGACUUUUGGUGCAAGAAAACUCGCGAGCGCAUCGGUGACCCAAAACAGCGAGACCUCCUAGCGCCUUUAGAGCCGCCGCAUCACUUCGGAGUCAAACGCCCUUCACUACAAUCCAGCUAUUAUGAACAAUUCAAUCGACCCAAUGUCGAGGUAAUCGAUAUCAAGAACAAUAACAUCGUGGGCUUCACAGAAAACGGCAUUCAGCUACAGGAUGGAGCUGUCUAUGAAUUGGACGUUAUUUGCAUUGCCACUGGCUUUGAUAUUUCGACCGGUGGUAUGACUAACCUGGGGCUGAGGAGUAUCUAUGGUACAGCACUGGAAGAUGAAUGGAAAGCAGGCGCCUACACAUAUCUGGGAACCACUGUGCGUGGCUAUCCCAAUAUGUUCCACCUUUUCGGUCCGCAUGGCCCCACGCUUUUCAGCAACGGACCUACUACUGUAGAAAUACAGGGUCGCUGGAUUGCCCAAGCUAUCAAGCAGAUGGAGCGGCAGAAUAUCAAGUACAUCAAUCCGACACGCGAGGCUAUAGAGAAGUGGAAGAAACGCAUCAAUCAUCUGUCCGAUAUCACCUUAUUCCCUACCACCAAAUCGACCUAUAUGGGCGGGAGUGUUCCUGGGAAAGUAUUUGAGCAGGUCAGCUACGCUGGUGGUGAGCCUGCUUAUGCGCAAGAAAUUCGCUCCGUUCUUCCAAGCUUCGACGGCUUUGAUACUGUCAAGAGCUCAAGGGAGACGGGCCAGGUGUCUAGUAAGAUCUGA